AUGGACUUCACGCAGCCCAGAAAGCCGCCCACACACUCGCACAAUCGUCUUGUACUUCAAUUCGAUUAUGACUGCUUCUAUGCUCAAGUCCAUACCAAUCUCAAUCCCUCGCUGGCACCACCUGGCACACCGCUUGGCAUCAAACAGAAGAACAUCCUUGCAACAUGCAACUACGCCGCCCGUGCCCGAGGCGUGAGGAAACUCAUGCUCGUGACCGAGGCUUGCAAGGUCUGUCCCGAAUUGAGACUCGUCGAUGGAGAGGACUUAACGCCUUUCCGGGACGUUAGCAAAAAGCUGUUCGGGUUUAUCAGGGGCUUCAGCUGGUGCGGACGUGUAGAACGACUGGGCCUCGAUGAGAUCUUCAUGGACGUAACCGACCUGGUAGACCACAACAUUUCAUGCCUCAACCGAAACGGUUUGGAGAGCUCGUUCUUCUAUCUAUCCAAGCGAGACCCCGAAAAAGGUUUCUCGUGCGACCUCACAAAGUUCGCAGGCAUGGUCGAGGGCGAGAUACCGGAGAACCCCAACUAUGACGACCUUGGAUUCUUACGCUUGCUUCUCGGCUCUCACCUUGCCUUAUACCUGAGGACAAGAAUCGAAGAUGACUACGGAUAUACUUCAACAUGCGGGGUAUCGACAAACAAAGUUUUGAGCAAGCUUGUAGGCGCGAGGCACAAACCUUGCAACCAGACCACCUUGCUUGCCCUCACCGACGGCGACGUCACAAAUUUCAUGGGCGACCUCAAGCUACGCAGCGUUCCAGGGAUUGGGUUCAAGAUGGCCUCGAUGCUAGAGAGCCAUCUGACCGGCCAUAGUCCUCCCGACAACCCUCACGAGUACGAGUCCAAGCUGAAAGUCGGAGAAGUGAGGGAAUCGCCAAAGAUAUCACCCUCCUCCCUUGAGAAAAUGCUCUCUGGACCAGGCGCAGAGAGGGGCGCCGGUUCGCGCAUAUGGCAACUUCUUCAUGGCGUGGAUCCAUCGGAAGUCAAAGAAGCGAGUGACGUCCCUUCACAGAUUAGCAUCGAGGACACCUACAAAGGCCUCUCGACAAUGCCCCAAAUCCUCGAAGAGCUCCAUAGGCUGUCCCACUCGCUGCUAAGGAGAAUGAAAGGCGAUCUUCUGACGCGAGACGAUGGCGCCCGCGCGGAUGCAGGCGAACAGCGAUGGCUGGCCAGGCCACGGACUCUUCGCCUGUCCAUCAGGUCGUGGCACAACAUGCAUGCCCAAAAUUACCAGCGUGCUUCGCGGUCCGGGCCUCUACCCAACUUCGUCUUUGAUCUGCAGUCAGACACGGAACACUUGGCAGAGCGACUUGUGUCAGAGGCUUUGCUGCCGUUGCUGCGGCGCCUGUCUAGCGAAAAGGGACCCAAAUGGAACCUACAGCUGAUCAACAUUUGUGCCGCAAACAUGGUCAUGGGAGCAGCCGAGGACAGGUCUGGAGUGGGUCGAAACAUUGCCAGCAUGUUUAAACACCAAGACGAGGCUCUGCGCCCGUGGCGGGUCAUGCACGACGGGAGUGAAGUGGAUGAUAAAGAGACCGGUGAAAGGAAUAGUCGCCCCCACGUCCCAGACCCUGAAGAAACACCUAACGAAGUUCAGAAAGCUCAAGUAGGCAACAGCGCUCGCACGCAGAGGGACAUUGGCGGCGCAUAUAGCCCCUGGAUUGAAUACCCCUGA